AUGAUUUGUGCCUCCGCGUUCGUCCUCCGCCUCGUCAUCUUCCUGCUAUCGCCUCCCCCGACCGACCUGUUUGUGCGUGCGGAGCAGCGGCGAGACCGGACCGCCAAGAUCCCAGCGCCCCUGCCCCAAGCCAGCCAUUGCCAUUCGGACCCGCCGCUCUCCUCCAACGAUUGCAGCAUGAUGGCCAAUGUGGUCGACCGGCCUGGAUGGACCCUACAUCCUCACUUCUCAGACUGA